AACCAAGCAAAGAACAAUCGGAAUCUAGAACCUUUGCAGCUACUGCCUGGGCUCCUAGCAACGGCGUGCAUCUAAACAGUUGACCAUGGCUUUUGAGUUUCUUACCCGUAGGUUAGAACUGACCAGUCUCCGGAAGGAGGAAGCUCUAAUGUAUUUGGAAAAACAUCGGCUCUUGGACUUGCUGGUCAACCUCACCAGCAGCCUCCUCUUUCAUCGACCAGAAAAACCAAGAGAUUUUUUGCUCAAUAUGUUAGCAAGAAUUAAGAUUGCGAAGAUAACUACUGUAGACUUUCCUUAUCUCAUGGAUGACUCUAACUUAGUUUCUAUGUUUGAAAUAAUGGACCCAACAAACCAAGGUUUUAUAACUCCUGUUCAGUACAGAGAAGCCCUAAAGAACCUUGGUCUACUGGGUCCAGAUGAAGUAAUAGAUGAAGAUAGAGAAGUUAUCACUAGGGAAGAUUUCAGGGAUGAUGUGAAUAAGAGGACCUUGAAGAUGUGGUCAGCUUUUUAAUGCCCUGGAUCUAAGACAAAAUAAAUGGUUCCUAAAGUUUACAGUUAUCUAGUUUAGAUGCUAACUGCAUUUCUCUCUGAAGAUUAGUGUUUUCCCUAUAAUAUGUUAAAUUAAAUGAGUUAAAUGUGUUACAUUAAAUGACUUAAAUUGUUACAGCAAAAA